CCGAGGCGGGCCUUCUUUUCGAAGUCGGAUGCAGGAAGAGACCAGGGAUGCUAGCUAGGUAGCUAGCGUGCUAACCGGAGCGAUAACGGAAACAACAGAUUUCCCCCAAGUCGAAGAAUGAUGAGUUUGAAACGGCGCCUAUUAAUAUACGACAUUGUAUUUUAUGUAUUACCAUUAUAUUUCCUAAUUGGAGCACUUCCAUCCACUGCAAUUGAUGUGUACACGCCACGGGAGGUGUUUGUGGAGAAUGGUACGACGGAAAUUCUCCACUGCUCUUUCAAGUCGAACCAAGUCAUCAGCAGCGCGGCUUCUGUGUCUUGGUCAUUUCAACCUGACGGAUCAAACACCCCCGCCAUAACUAUAUUUUACUUUUCGGGUGGAAGGCCUUAUCCAGGAGACAUUGCCCAGUUCAAGGAGAGGGUACUUUGGGCCGGAGACCUGAAUAAGAAAGAUGCCUCGAUAAAACUGGUGAAAGCACAGUUCAUUGACAAUGGCACCUACACCUGUGAUGUGAAGAAUCCUCCUGACGUUGGAGUGAUCCCAUCAAGCAUGCAGUUAAGGGUUGUUAUGAAAGAAGCCCUUCCCCAGAGCAACACUGGAGUUAUUGUUGGAGCAGUCAUCGGUGCUGUUGUUCUUCUUGUCCUCAUUGUCUCAAUUAUCAUCCUUGUAAUCAAGAGGAAGGACUCCACUCAUGCUUAUGAGGGGGGCCGGUGAUAUAUGCCCAGCUCGAUCAUUCAGGGACCAAGAGCCCCAACUCAUUCCACAAGAUGGAGCCAGUGGUUUAUGCUGACAUCCGGAAACCGUAAGCCGUAUUAUCAAGGACUGAAAGGGACUGAAGUGCAGUAAUCCGUCUAGCAAGUUCUAUUUAGAAUUUGUGAACAAAACCCCGCCCCUUUAAUAUGGAAAUCAUUGCAUGUUUGUUAAAUGUGUACUAAGAAAUUCACAACAUGGGUCAUAGGCUUCACACUAAUUUUCACACAUGUGGAAGACUGCUAGUCUUAAUAUUAUACUGGUGCUUUUUUGCUAAAGGAUGUGUGUUGUAGCCACAUUAGAGUAGAAAAGAACUUUGCUGCCUUGAAAGAUGCAUCAAUUUUCUUUUUCGUUUCUUAUGAAUUUUAUGCGUCAGUGCUCAAAAUAUGUGUUUUACUGCCUGGGACAAACUGGUGGUAAAGUUUUCUGGUUGUUAGGCUCCGGGCUGGACUGGGAUUAAAAAUCGGCCCUGGACUUUAGGGUACUCUUUGGUAAAUUUUGCCAAGGGGGAAGAUCCCGACGACGGGUUUUGCCUGCCUGCUUACCAAUCGCCCCACCGGGAAAAUGUCCAGUACAACAAACAGAUGACCAGUCCAGCCCUUGUUAGGCUGAUGCUGUUGUUAUAGCUAAAACACUAUAUGCGUAAGAAGGACUGUAUGUAAGCAACUAACCCUUUAAGAGAAGAGUUUAGUCUGAACGUAAUCCGAGCCAAAUUAAACAAAUGUACAGAAGUUUUUUUUUUUAAUGUAAUUUAGUAAUUCAAAAUGACUAACCAGAGUAACACAGCUCAUUUAAAAUAUGCUGGUAAGGAAAGAUUGCAUCCUCAUGUUGUGUCUUAGAUCGAGUCUUUAAAAGCUAGCUGUAAAUCUGUAGCGAUCGUUAGCCUGUCAUCGUCUUAACUUUGACAACAUUUACAGGAGUGCAAGCAGUAUUUAAUGGCAUGUUUCUUAACAGUUAAAGUAAAUUUGAAGUCUUAAAUACAAAAGCUGUAGCAUGUGACAAAUAUUGAAGCAAAAUGGCAUUUUAUAAUGGUAAUUAUUCCCAACUACUUUUUAUUUUGUAAUACAAAGGUACAAAGCAUCUCCACUAAUACUGAGCCUUUGACACAAAUUUUGUCUUAAAUCUUGAAUCAUUUCCAACCUGCAUGUGCAGGAUUAUUCUGUUACUAUAUUAUUUUUGCAGUGCUGUAAGACACGUGGUAUGUGGUUAAAUCAAUGUGUAAUGAUACAAAAUAAUAUGGUAAAUUGGUUCACAUUCCGGGAAAAAAAUGCUGGUGUUUUAUCUUGGCUGUGCAGUAGUUUUGUAGGUGUUUGUUACUGUGUAGUUUUUUUUUCUCCUUAUGAUCCAUCCAUUAUCUGCUGCUUAUCCGGGGUCGGGUAACAGGGGCAGUAGUCUGAGCAGGGAUGCCCAGACCUCCCUCUCACUAGCCACCUCCUCCAGCUCCACCGGGGGAAUCCAUGGAGUUCCCAGGCCAGCCGAAAGAUAUCAGGUUUUUUUUUUAUUGGUCUUUCAGAUAUCCAGCUUGACGCUCUGCCAAACAAAGUGGAUUUUUUUUAAAGUAACUCAUGUAAACGUGUUAUUGGUUUUUUCCAUUCAAAAUGUUGUGCUCAUUUUAUUAUUGUAUUUUAAAACAAUCUGCACUAUGUGCUGUAGUACAUAUCCAGACGGUUGAAAUCUAUUUGUUUAUUUAGAAAAUGUUUGUCCCAAAUGUGUUGUCUUAAAACUGGAUGGUGGCAAAAAUGUAGUGCCUUUAAAAGUUCCUGUACUAAAUGCCACAUUUCUGUCCAAAUCAUUUCCUCAUUCUGCGUGCUUUUUAUACAUGUUCAAGAAAACAUGCUUCCUGUAUCAAUCUAAUUUUUCUAUAAAAGAAAUUCUUGAUGUGAUAUCUGCUCUUAAUUUUAAUAGUAGCAUGUGUGGAUUACAUCAGUAGGCUUUACUGCCCAAGCAUACAUUUUUAUUAGUUAUCCAUCAGGAAUUUGCAAAUUAAUGUCAAGUCUAUGUAUAAAUGUAGAAUCGUGAGUUUUGCUGCUGUGAUCAUGGAAUCUGACCUUUUCAAUAAACACCAAUUGUUCAUGAUGGAAUGAAAAUACUA